UCUGGUUUUGCGUCGGCCGUCGUGGGGAGCUUCGCGAAUAACUUGGUCAUGGCGGCGUUCUAUUCAGCCAGUCCGGCCGAUGGAAUGAGUAGGUGGGUAAGCAAUGUACUCUGCGACGAAAACUGCAGAGAGCUAAUUGGAAACUGCGUACAACUCUCUGUAUGCACAGCCGUAUCAGUAUAUCUGGAGAAGACGAUGAACAACAACCCGUUUGAUGACCUCUUUUCGGCACUGAUAAACCCGAAGCACGAAACAGAAGUAAGAUACAUUCUGGUUACUGUAUGCCAACACACAGUGGAGACAUUCAUCAGAACAUCUCAUCAAGUCUUGAGCAAUAACAAUCAACAUCUCCAGAGCAAUGUUUUGGCUAGAAACAAAAAGUUCAUUUUUGACUUGACUGGGAAGCUUACCUUUGAGACCAUGAAAUCUUUUCAGGAGUUUGUGCAGGAAAGGGUGUCUGAGAGUUUGAGAAGAAGGGCAAAGUUAAUGCAUGAAAAGGAAGAAGCAUUGGAGGAAUAUGUGAGGCAGAAGUCAUCUACUGCCAUUACUGCAUUUCUUUCUUUGUGCUUGCAUAUAGUGAAUAGUCCUUGGCUUUUAGUGCAAUAAAAGAAUGGUUGACAUACAUGAUGAAAGUUUCAGUUUUGAAAAGGUACCACUCCUGAGAAUUAUAUAAUCACAAAACACACCAUAUCUAUGUUAAGCCUAUCUGUAAUCUGUUCAUAAAUUCAAGUCGAGGGCAA